AUGGGCUCUCGUCCGCUUCCAAAUGUCUCUUCAAAGCCUACAGAACUCCCCGUCGUGGUUAGUCCUUACGGCGCUGCUCGAUUGGAUGCUGAGUUAAAGCUAAUUGGGGAGUACGGUCUAAAGAACAAGCGCGAGGUUUGGCGGGUUCAGUAUACCCUAUCGAAGGUCCGUUGUGCUGCUCGAGUCUUGCUCACUCUCGACGAAAAGCACCCGAAACGCCUGUUUGAGGGUAACGAACUAAUUCGCCGACUCGUCCGUCUCCGUGUACUGGACGAGUCCCGCAUGGAAUUGGACCAUGUCCUGUCUUUGCGCACUGAAGACUUUCUCAAACGUCGCUUGCAGACGAUUAUUUUCCGCCUUGGACUUGCGCGAUCUAUUCACCACGCGCGUGUUCUGUUUAAGCAGACAUAUCCGCAAUCAUUCAGGGUGGACAAGCAACUUGUCAACGUGCCAUCCUAUCUUGUCCAGCUCGACUCCGAGAAACACAUCGACUUUACGCUAAAGUCUCCACUGGGUGGAGGACGCCCUGGCCGAGUAGCAAGAAAGAAGGCCCAGACUACGGAAGGCGGCCUAGGUGGUGAAGAGGAAGAGGAAGAGGGAGAAUUUGUAGUAGCGAUUUGCUGA